AUGAAGAACACUUUCAAAGACCCAGAUCACCACAAUCUCCACUCAUCAAUAACCUUCUCAAAGCUUAUAACUUUCGUCUUCCUCUUAAUCUCAAUCUCAUACCUCUUCUACUCCCUCAGAUUCGUUACUCAUAACUCCAAUUGUGACCAAAACCUACCCAUUAUUCAUAACACCCACACAAGUUUCCAACCUCAAACACAUAACCCAUUUCAAGAAAAACAACAAGAGUCUCCUACCAACAUCUCACACAUAGUGUUCGGAAUCGGCGCAUCAGCGAAGCUCUGGAAAAAGCGAAAAGAGUACAUCAAACUCUGGUACAAACCAAACCAAAUGCGCGGCAUUGUCUGGUUAGAACAAAAGGUGAAACCAGAUCCUGAAGACAAAAACCUUUUACCAAUUCUAAAAAUUUCCGAAGACACAACGAGUUUCAAGUACAAAAACUCCAAGGGUCAUAAAUCAGCUAUAAGGAUAUCUAGGAUUGUGUCGGAGACCGUGCGGGUUGGGAUGAAGGAUGUGCGGUGGUUUGUAAUGGGAGACGAUGAUACGUUUUUUGUCGGGGAGAAUUUGGUGAAUGUGUUGAGGAAAUAUGAUCAUAAUGGGUUUUAUUAUAUUGGGAGUUCUUCCGAGAGUCAUUUGCAGAAUAUUUAUUUUUCUUAUAAUAUGGCUUAUGGGGGUGGUGGCUUUGCUAUUAGCUAUCCUUUGGCUCUGGCUUUGGAGAAAAUGCAAGAUAGGUGUAUUCAAAGGUAUCCUGCUUUGUAUGGCUCUGAUGAUAGGAUUCAAGCUUGUAUGUCUGAGCUUGGUGUUCCUCUUACCAAGGAGAAAGGUUUUCAUCAGUUUGAUGUAUAUGGGAAUCUCUUCGGGCUUCUUGCAGCCCAUCCUAUUGCACCAUUGGUAUCUCUCCACCACUUAGACGUAGUGGAGCCCAUCUUUCCGAAUGUUAGCCGGGUCCAAGCCCUAAAGCGUCUUACUGUGCCCAUGAAUUUGGACCCGGCCGGACUCAUCCAACAAUCCAUUUGCUACGACAAGACACGGAAUUGGACCAUAUCCGUGUCAUGGGGCUACGCGGUUCAAAUUUUCCGUGGCAUUUUCUCGGCUAGAGAGAUGGAGAUGCCAGCAAGGACCUUUCUAAAUUGGUACAAGCGGGCUGAUUACACUGCAUAUCCAUUCAACACGCGCCCAGUCAGCCGAAAUGUUUGUCAGAAACCGUUUAUUUAUUAUUUGUCUAAUGCAAUUCAAGAUGAGGAUACAGAUGAGACUGCUAGUCGAUAUGUCCGAACUCAAACGAAUCCGGAUUGCAAGUGGAAAAUGGAGGAUCCAACUCAAAUCAAAGUGGUAAUGGUUUAUAAAAAAGCCAACCCGCAUUUAUGGGACAAGUCUCCAAGAAGAAAUUGUUGUAGGGUUCAAGAUACAAAGAGGAAAGGAACAAUGGUGAUUGAUGUAGGGGAAUGCAGAGAAGAUGAAGUUGUUGAAUUGUAA